AUGCUCAAGUUUAGUACAUUUAGGUUGAGGACUCCACCCUUACGGUUGGGUAUAUUAACCAGCCUAAUUGUAUUAGUUAUUAUUUUCCUGACGAUUUUCCACCAAGGAAACGUUUACAACCAGCUUCCUUGGAAGGUUUCUUCUUCAGUUCCACAACUUCAAAAUUCAAUCAUUAUUUACCCAGAUGGUUCAGAUCACGACAACGACAAAUUAAAAGAGUUUGCAGCCAACAACAAAACCACAGUUCAAUACCACAAACUGUACACCAACCCAUUAACUCCUGCAAUUAUGAACCAACAGUACACAUCACACAACUUGACAAUCUAUAAUUCACUAAGUCCUGCUAAUGACUUUUGUGAAGAAAUAGAAGAUAAUUCUCAAUUUCAAAUUUCACAAUAUCAACGAUUGCUGGAUAAUUUCACUGAAAUGGUUAAGGUAUUGAUUGACCAGUUAGAAAAUGAUGCAUCUUUUAGUGGGUUGCGUGGUUUCUUCCAGGGUAAACUAGCUAAUUAUAUCGAUGAGGACUCUUUGCAGAAGCAUUUCUUCAAGUUUGCUGGGACUUCAGUUUGGUUGGAAGAAUAUGGUGUGCAUUUAAUGGUCAGUAGAGUAUUAUUUACAUAUAAAGCAAUCAAAUGGGAUCCACAAAUUUCCUUAUUGUAUGCACAAGUCUACGAUAAGAAUUGGACCGAGUUACAUGACGUUGAUUUGAUUAUUCCGAUUAAAAACCCUACUAAUUUACAAAGAGAGUACAAAAGGUACACUUUCCCUAGAUUCAUGCCAAUUCCAUUCUAUUACAAUUCGAAUUUAAUGACGAAAAGAUGGUAUGGGCCUGAAGAUGCAAGAUUAUUCUUAAUGAAAAAUGAAUAUAAUGAGACCGAGCCAGCUUUGAUCUUUAAUGCAUAUCACAGAAAACCGGUUAAGAAUUCCAUUUCCAAUGAUGACAAAUCUGCCAGUAUAAAUUUUCAAAUGUAUAGGUCAAUGUUCAUUGGUUUCUUGUUCCAAUUUCAGCUUGGGAAAAGAAAUACAGACGGGACAACAGACGAAAGAUUUGAUCACAUACAAUAUAAUAGAGUGGCUGAAUUGAGAAUCAAAUCAAGGGAAAGAAAAGAAAUCGAAAAGAACUGGACUCCAAUUGUAGAUCCAAAAGAUACCGAAAAUAUAAAUUUGAUAUAUGACUGUGAAAAUUUAACGAUUCUUAAAUGUCCAUUGAAGACUGUUUACAAGGGGGAGAUAAUCUGCGAGAUAAGCUUUAAAAUACUGAGUUUGUCUGAAAAAGUCGGGAAAAUCAGAGGAGGAACAGAGCUUAUCCCAAUAAUAAACCAAAGUGACCCCAGUAAACAAUCUUGGAUUGGAUUCUUGCGGGCUCAUAUAAAUUAUUGCGGGUGCGGGAGAUCAAUGUACAGGCCAAACUUCAUUGUAUUAACCAGAAUCCGAGACUCAUAUAAGAUCACUCAUUUAUCAAGUUCAAUCUCCUUUGAUAUGCCUGUUACUGGUUGGCGAAAUCCAAAUAUUGUCUGCGAUGAAAAGGGCCCGAAUGUUUUAAUACCAAAUGGAAUUUCGAUGUGGGAAAUUGAUCCAAAAACAGGUGUUGAUUAUUUAACAUUAUCUCUAUCCGUUGCUGACGAGAAUAAUAAUGUCUUGCAUAUAACAGGGAUCAGUUCUCUUUUAGAUGAUAUCGAACGCAAAUCAGAGGGUACUGAAUACUUUGAAGAUGAAGAUGCGAAUCAAAGCAUGUUGCAAUGCGUGUUGAAAACCAGUAAGGAAUUUUGUAAAUUGUACGGGGAUGAGCAGAUGCAGUUGGGGAAUAUCAAUAUGGUAGACAUUUGA